AUGUCAAGUGUUACUCACUAUUGGGAAAAAUACCGCCAGCGUAAUAAAAGUCCAUCAGCAAAGAUCUCUGACACUCAGCAUCUUAUGACAGAUAGACAAACAUAUGUUUCAUUUUUAGAAGUCCAAGUUGAAAAAGCUACUCAAAAUGCAUUACUUACUCAAGGCUUAUCAAAUCGAGUGGACCAGCUUCAAAAUCAAAUGAACAUUUUACUCCCCUUUAAGUGAGCAAGCAAAGUCAUUGGAAAAUUCCUAUUUUUUAGGAAAAAGCCCCACCACCAGUGAGCGAGCAAAAUCUUUUAUUAAAAAAUACUUUGAUAUAUAGCCUAGGUAGCAAAUUCUAUUCUUUUUUUAAUUUUACUUGGAAAAUUUUUACGAGCCAGUUAUUUAAGACGAUUAUACUGACCAUAAGUGGAUCUAAUCACUAGCUGUCGCCCAUCUUUGCUCCAAAAAGAUCCCCCUUUUAGAUUUCCAGCCUGAACCACCUUUUCAGGGAAUCAGCUCCCUUGGGCAGAGCCAUAGUCUGUGAGACGCCCUGAUGGUCCCGAUGAGAGAACACUAUGUGGUAGAAAAACCUGUCUAGCCCAUCUGGCAUGGACAUCUUCAAGCCUAAAGGCCUAAUUCAAAAAGGGAAAGAGGCUCUGUUUUCAGCUUUAUCAGGAUGGAUCCUACCUGCUCCAUAAGAGUGCGCCUUGGAGUCCAUUUUCUGUCAACGUCUCGAUUUUAUUUCGUUUUGCGACUAGGAUUUUUAAAUUCCAAAAAAAAUUUACAAUAAAGCUACAUAAGCGUUUAAAAAUCAAAUGAGCCUCCUUCUCUGUGGCUGAGCAAAAUAUAUUGCUCACUCACAGAAGGGGAUUGUUAGAAGAUCGCUUAAUUAACACAAAUCGGCUUUUAAAGCUGCAAAAAGACUACAGUGAAAUCCAAGAAGAUGAAAAAUCUAUACUAUAUGACCCCGAUGUAAAUCAAAAGCUCACAAAGCUUGAGCGCUUCACCCAGAACUUCAGCAACUUUGACAAACGACUAGAAGAGUUAGAAAUGAAGCUUAAAGUUAAAAACCAAAUGAACGAUUUAGAUGCUUUUGCCAAAGAGGUUAAUUCAGCAAUGGCAAAUUCAGAAGCCAAAUUAUUCGAGCUUUUUUCAAACGGUUUAAGAGAAGUUGAUAACAAAAUCAAAGGAAUAGAAGAAAUAUUGAACAAUAAAUGGACUCAUGAAAAUUCAUAUGAAUUCGGAUAUAGAAGACAUAGCGCUGACGAAACUAAUGAACUAUCAAAACUUCAAAAAAAAGUGUCAGAGAUUGACGAAUUAAUCAGGACUAGGAAAAAAAGCCCAGAAAUUAAAGGAGAUGCUGGAAAAGUAAAAAAUCAUGAUCUUGAAAGCAAAAUUAAAGGAUUAGAAAAAAUUACAACUCACUCAAUAGAAAAAAUCAACAAAAUUGUUGAUAUACAAGCUGAUAGCAAAUCAGUUGAAGAAAAACUAACAAAAUCUAUUGAAAAAUUACAAAGUCUAAUGCAAAAGUACUUAAAGGACCAGAAAAAGCUGCAUUUCGAAUUAAGCAGCUUGGAAAAAAAGUUCAGCAGCAAAAAACCUAAAUCUCAAAAUGAAAAAAACUAUAUGACUUUGCCAUCAAACUCACCAAUUUCUUCAUUUGUGCAAGCCAGAGAUCGAUCAUUAUCAGAUUUAGAAGACAAAAUGCGAAACAGCUUUGAUACUUUUGAAAGUUUAAAAAUUCCAUCCCCAAGCUUUAGAGAUGCUCCAGACUACGAUAAAGCCAUAAGUAAUUGCUAAUUUAGAAGAAAUUGAUAAUCUAGUAAAGCGAGAAAGGCCAAAAAGUGCAAAUACAAAAGAAAAUUCAAAGCAAUCGAAAACACCAAAAUCAUUAAAAAGAUCACAUAGUAGUUAUUCGCUAUCUAAGUCUCCAAGACUAACAAAGAAUAAAUCUGAAAUUGUCCCUCCAAAAGUUCUGAUUUCUAAGUCAAAGCCAAAAGCAUUCCAUAAAUCUUUUAAAAAAGGAAACAUAAAAAUCACUGAAAAGCCAAAAUCAAAAAAGGUCAGGAAUAGCAGCAAAAAUGAAUCUAAAACUUAA